AUGUGCAGCGACGCGCCCGCUUCACGUCCAGACAUCGUCACCGAGUCAACCCCAUUGCUCGAUGAGGCCGAACGCCUCGAGCCCUACAAGCCGCAGGAGACCCUGGUGGUUCGUGCCGGCAAGGAAGCCUGGUACGCCCUGAGAGCCACCCUCCUGUGCAGCGGCACCAAUGUCCUCCUCGUCUGCGUGCCGCUCGGCCUCAUGGCCGGUCGCUGGGGGUGGCCCGCAGCCGCCGUCUUCGUCCUCAACUUUCUGGCCAUGCUCCCGCUCGCGUCCAUCCUCACCUUUGCGACCGAGCAGCUCGCGGGCGUUGUUGGGUCUGUUGCCGGGGGCUUGAUCAACGCCACGUUCGGGAAUGCUGUCGAGAUGAUUGUUGGCGUCAGUGCUCUGAGGGAAGGGAAAAUCUCCAUUGUCCAGUCGAGCAUGAUUGGGAGCAUUCUGUCGUCCAUCAUACUAAUCCUUGGCACCUCUUUCCUCCUGGCCGGCCUGGGGAAACGCACAGUCGACAUCAACGCGGAUGUGAGCGGCAUUCUAACCUCGCUUAUGAUCAUCUCGUGCGCCUCCCUCAUCAUGCCCUCCGCUCUGGACAUCGCCGACCCAGAGUCCCGCAACAUCAAGAACAACCCCAGCAGCUACGUCCUGAUCUUGUCCCGUAUUAUGUCCAUCGUCCUCCUCGUCUUCUACCUGCUAUACCUAUAUUUCCAGUCGGUGUCUCAUGCGGAGCUCUUCGCCGAGGAAGAAAACGAGCCGCAGGACAAGCUACACGCCCUGUCGAGUUGCGUUUUUCUAAUCCUCUCCACCCUUGGGGUAGGCUCCUGCUCGGACUGCCUGGUCGACAGCAUCGACGGCUUUGUCGAGACGCUGGGCGUCAGCCGUAGCUUCAUCGCCCUAAUCAUCGUGCCCAUUGUUGGCAACCUCGGGUGCUUUGUCGGCACGAUCCAGUGGUCCAGGACCAACCGGGUCAGCCUGGCCGUUUCGGUCAUCGUGGGGAGUACGCUGCAGAUAUCGCUUUUCGUUGUCCCGUUCCUUGUGAUUGUGGGCUGGAUCAUCGACAAGAACAUGUCCCUGCGGUUUGAUACCUUUGAAACAAUCAUCCUCACUCUAUCGACCCUCAUCGUCAGCUGCUUGUUGCGGGGCAAGAAGACGAACUAUUUUGAAGGCCUACUUCUCAUCGCUACAUAUGUUAUAAUAGCCAUCGCCUUCUUCGUACACCCUGGCGCGACAGUGUCCGCAAACGUACUCGACAAUAUCGCUGGUGGAAGGGAUAUGGCCUGGACGGCCGCAACAGCAGGUGGAUGA